AUGGCGGUGCUACAGAACGAGAGGAAUCACGUGUUCCUGGGCUCCUUCAUACACAGCAGCAAGUUAGAUGAGCUCAAGUAUAUGCAUCAAACGGCCGUCUUUGUAGACAAGUCGGGCAAGAUUGCGCACCUUGAACAUGACUGCAAUGAGGGAAAGGCAAAGACUAUACUGCAACAGAAGCUCGGUUGGGAUCAUGCAGAUACAGAGAUCACGAGUACCGGAGAGGGUGAUUUCUUCUUUCCAGGCUUUAUAGAUACACAUAUCCAUGCGCCUCAGUAUCCCAAUGCCGGCAUCUUUGGCAAGACGACACUGCUGGACUGGCUGAACAAGUACACGUUUCCCAUGGAAUCGUCGCUGUCGGACCUGUCCAAGGCCCGGCGCGUCUACAGCCAGUGCGUGCGGCGGACGCUGUCCCACGGCACCACGACGGCAGCCUACUACGCCACUAUCGACGUGGCCGCCACCAACCUGCUCGCCGACCUGUGCGUGUCUCUGGGCCAGCGCGCCUUUGUCGGUCGCGUCUGCAUGGACCACGAGGACAUGUGCCCAGAGUACUACCGCGACGAGUCGCCCGAUGCCGUCAUGGCGGCCACGCACGCCUGCAUCGACCACAUCCGCCGCAUCGACCCGGACUAUGCCCUCGUCUCGCCCAUUCUCACGCCGCGGUUCGCCCCCAGCUGCACGCCCGAGACCAUGACGCGCCUGGGCCGCCUGGCCGCCGAUGCCGACCUGCCCGUCCAGACGCACAUAUCCGAAAACGCGGCCGAGAUCGCCCUGGUCAAGCACCUCUUUCCCGAGCACGCCACCUACACCGACGUCUACGACAGCUUCCGCCUGCUGGGCCCCCGCACCAUUCUCGCGCACGCCAUCCACCUCGCCGACGCCGAGGCCGACCUGGUGGCCGCGCGCGGCGCAAAAGUGAGCCACUGCCCGUGCUCCAACUCGAGCCUCGGCAGCGGCGAGGCGCGCGUGCGCUUCCUGCUGGAUCGCGGCAUUGGCGUCGGGCUCGGUACCGACGUGAGCGGCGGGUACAGCCCCAGCGUGCUCGAGGCCGCGCGCCUGGCCUUGUUGGUCAGUCGGCACCUGGCCAUGCCGCAUCACGAGGCUGCUCGCCGACACGGGGGCGGCGGUGAAGAAGAGAAGGAUGCCGACGAUGACGAGGCCGAGAGGGCCAAGCUUAGUGUAGAAGAGGUCCUGUACCUGGCGACCCGGGGCGGCGCCGAGGUCGUUGGCCUGCAGAACAGAGUCGGUGCUUUUGAGGUGGGCAUGGAGUUUGACGCGCAGCUCGUCCGGCUGGGGGGUGUGCCCGAGACGGAGCAGCAGCAGGAGGAGGAGCAGGAAAGUGAGGAUAAUGGACCCGUCGACAUCUUUGGCUGGGAGACGUGGGAAGAGCGCUUGGCCAAGUGGGUGUUUAGCGGUGACGACCGGAAUACCAAGAAGGUCUGGGUAAAGGGGCGGCUCGUGCAUUCACGUUUGAGAUAG